GAUUCAUUGUCUACAGAAAAUUUUGUUACUGGGAAUGGAAUGUACCCUGGGACAUGAAAAAAAAUAAUUUUCUGAGGCCAAGGACAGGGUGUGCAAAGUAAAAAGCGUCUUAACUGUAACAGUUAUGAGAAUUACAUUACAUGUAUAUGAGAACACCCCUUUUGUACCAUGGAAUAGCCUUAAGAGGUCACAGCAAGGUCACUGGAUUUUGCCCCUCACACCUGUGACCUCAAACGACUUUGUCAGCAGGUAAAAACAGGUUCAACCAGGAGAGCAGUCAGAAUACUGGCAUAAUGUCUACUUUGAAGCUCCUUGCCACAGUGAUUUGUGACUAUACUAACUUGAUUACAGUUUUCCUGGCUGUGUUUGUGUUUGUGUUGUUGUACAAGUUGUUCCAGAAGCCCCAAAACCUCCCCCCUGGACCACGCCCAUGGCCACUCAUAGGAAACCUGUUGACUCUGAGUCAGGUGAGCUGCAGUGUUUGUUUUGUGACACUUAAAAAAGCUUUUUCAAAGUUUGUUUUCAAGUUCUAUACUGCAAGGAUGAAGACUGGUAACAAUGUAAUUUGGACACUCAGACAAGACUCGGCACACUUACAGUAUGUGAAGUGGGCCCAGCAGUAUGGUGCUGUCUUCACUGUCUACUACGGUCCUUUUCCUACUGUUGUUAUCAAUGGCAUGGACAACAUCCAAGAGGCUCUGGUCAACAAGCCAGAAAUCUUUUCAGAUCGACCAAGAUUUACGGAUGGUCAUGGUAUUAUAUUUGCUCAUUAUGGUCCCGUCUGGAAGGAACAGCGGAAGUUCACCAUGUCAGGCCUGCGUGAUUUCGGCUUUGGAAGGCGAAGCUUGGAGGGCAAAAUCCUGAAAGAAGCAGAAGCCCUCAGUAGGGACAUUAUCAGGACUGAUGGUAGACCAUUCAACAUCAGCAGCAUGUUACAGAAGGCCGUGACCAAUGUCAUCUGCUCCAUCACAUUUGGGGCGAGGCACGAUUACCAAGACAACGACUUCCAGACUUUCCUGGAGACCAUUGACACCAGGUUAAGAGCCUCGAUCAUCAUCAAUAUAUUCUCACCUGUUCUCCGCCAUCUGCCUAUUCUUGGCAAAUCUGCACAAAAGGUUCAUGAGAGCAACGAAAGGAGCGUGCAAUUUGUAAAGAUGAAGGCUGACGAACAUCAGAGAGACUUUGAUUCAAACGACAUCCGAGACUUCGUGGACAUCUACGUGAAGGAAAUAAAGAGUGGACAAAAUGAGAACUUUACAAAUGCACAGCUGCAUAAAAUCAUUGAUGAUCUGAUAGCGGCUGGAACUGACACGACAUCCCAGAGUCUGUACUGGAUCCUCCUCUACAUGGUGAUCUACCCGGAUAUACAAGAACGAGCUCAGCAGGAAAUCUCCCGUGUGUUUGGAGACAGCGCUUCUCCCACCACAGCCAAACGCACUGAGCUGCCUUUCACAGAGGCGGUCAUUUCUGAAGUAAUGCGGAUCAACCCUGUGACGCCCCUUACAGUUCCUCACUGUACGUCAAGUGAUACCGCCAUUCAUGGGUACGACAUUCCCAGAGGCACCGCAGUACACAUGAACCUGUGGUCAGUCCUGAGGGACCCUAGUCUGUGGGAGGAACCAGACCAGUUCAAACCGGAACGUUUCCUGGACAACCAAGGACAGUACAUGAAGAAAGAUGCCUUCAUACCAUUCUCAAUUGGCCGUCGAUCCUGCCUUGGUGCUCAGCUGGCUAAGAUGGAACUGUUCCUGUUUACUGCAUAUCUGCUGCAGCACUUUACCUUCAAGCUGCCAGAGGGCGCACCUCCACCAUCGACUGUAGGGAAGCUUGGGCUAAGCAAUGGACCCAGGCCAUAUCAACUCUGUGCCAUUCCAAAGUAGGAUAGCUUGGCUGAAAGCCUUCAGCUUUACAAAGCUCCAGUUUGCAAUUGUAUUUUCAGAUUAUGUUGUUGAUAUUAGGUACUCUCAAGAGACAAUGAUUAUUGCACUUGAUAAGAAAAUUGCAGAUUAGGUCAAUACCUACCCAUGUUCUGGAUCAUGUUGUACAGUUAAACAAAAUAUUGACUAAAUGUGGGCCUGGUAAACAUCUUUAGGCAAUGUGUAAUCAAAACCUAAUAACUAACCAACCUGAUUAAGCUAUUCACAGAUAUUUUUACAUAUUAUCGUUACAUGAUGUCGAAAAGAGCAGGGGUCCUUCCUGGUGUGAGUGGUUCAAACUUUACAGUCUGGUCUCAGGUUUGACAUCUUUGAAGAGGUGAUACUCACCUAUUAUGUCAAUCCUUCAACAGCUGUAAAAAAUCUUCAUAAAUAAAUGCAGGCUAUUACCAAAUGCACAAGUCAUGCAUGAUUUAAC